UGGGCAUAGCCAUGGGAAGGAUGCUAUGGAGGGACACAGUAUCUAAACUCUGGGCUGGACAGUCAGACAGUGGCCUUCGCCGACUUUUGCCCCACAUUCUCUCAGGUCCUCCCCUCACGUGGAUGUUUGCGGCUGCUGAUAUGCCCACUGUGACACUGCGUUAUCGCCUUGUGACUUUUGUCUCUGCUCUUGUCUCUCCUCCUUAGAGUCAGAGGACACAGGGAGAGGUGUGCCCCUGGGCCUUCCCUGGGGUCAUGGGCUUGGGGUCUGCAGUGUCCCCUCCUCUAUAGAGGAGCCUGACCCAUCAUCUGCCCCUCCUCCCUGCAGAGGGGGAAGUGAGAAGGAGGGGGGCCAGAGACCCUGCCUUCUGGGCCAGGAAGGCUAAAAAAAGCAGAAGUAAGAAGAGUAACGGGGCCCUCUGGCCACCGGCUUGAGCCCCACCAUGCAGACCCCAGCAGAUUUCCCCAGGGUUGAGAGAGACUUGGUUCCCUGUCCCAGAAAGGAUGAGGGCGUCCUCAAGGAGAUCUCCAUCACGCACCACGUCAAGGCUGGCUCUGAGAAGGCUGAUCCAUCCCAUUUCGAGCUCCUCAAGGUUCUGGGCCAGGGAUCCUUUGGCAAAGUCUUCCUGGUGCGGAAAGUCACCCGGCCUGACAGUGGGCACCUAUAUGCUAUGAAGGUGCUGAAGAAGGCAACGCUGAAAGUACGUGACCGCGUCCGGACCAAGAUGGAGAGAGACAUCCUGGCUGAUGUAAAUCACCCAUUCGUGGUGAAGCUGCACUAUGCCUUCCAGACCGAGGGCAAGCUCUAUCUCAUUCUGGACUUCCUGCGUGGUGGGGACCUCUUCACCCGGCUCUCAAAAGAGGUGAUGUUCACGGAGGAGGAUGUGAAGUUUUACCUGGCCGAGCUGGCUCUGGGCCUGGAUCACCUGCACAGCCUGGGUAUCAUUUACAGAGACCUCAAGCCUGAGAACAUCCUUCUGGAUGAGGAGGGCCACAUCAAGCUCACUGACUUUGGCCUGAGCAAAGAGGCCAUUGACCACGAGAAGAAGGCCUAUUCUUUCUGCGGGACAGUGGAGUACAUGGCCCCUGAGGUCGUCAACCGCCAGGGCCACUCCCAUAGUGCGGACUGGUGGUCCUAUGGGGUGUUGAUGUUUGAGAUGCUGACGGGCUCCCUGCCCUUCCAGGGGAAGGACCGGAAGGAGACCAUGACAUUGAUUCUGAAGGCGAAGCUAGGCAUGCCCCAGUUUCUGAGCACUGAAGCCCAGAGCCUCUUGCGGGCCCUGUUCAAGCGGAAUCCUGCCAACCGGCUCGGCUCCGGCCCUGAUGGGGCAGAGGAAAUCAAGCGGCAUGUCUUCUACUCCACCAUUGACUGGAAUAAGCUAUACCGUCGUGAGAUCAAGCCACCCUUCAAGCCAGCAGUGGCUCAGCCUGAUGACACCUUCUACUUUGACACCGAGUUCACGUCCCGCACACCCAAGGAUUCCCCAGGCAUCCCCCCCAGCGCUGGGGCCCAUCAGCUGUUCCGGGGCUUCAGCUUCGUGGCCACUGGCCUGAUGGAAGACGACGGCAAGCCUCGUGCCCCACAAGCACCCCUGCACUCGGUGGUACAGCAACUCCAUGGGAAGAACCUGGUUUUUAGUGACGGCUACGUGGUAAAGGAGACAAUUGGUGUGGGCUCCUACUCUGAGUGCAAGCGCUGUGUCCACAAGGCCACCAACAUGGAGUAUGCUGUCAAGGUCAUUGAUAAGAGCAAGCGGGAUCCUUCAGAAGAGAUUGAGAUUCUUCUGCGGUACGGCCAGCACCCCAACAUCAUCACUCUGAAAGAUGUGUAUGAUGAUGGCAAACACGUGUACCUGGUGACAGAGCUGAUGCGGGGUGGGGAGCUGCUGGACAAGAUCCUGCGGCAGAAGUUCUUCUCAGAGCGGGAGGCCAGCUUUGUCCUGCACACCAUUGGCAAAACUGUGGAGUAUCUGCACUCACAGGGGGUUGUGCACAGGGACCUGAAGCCCAGCAACAUCCUGUAUGUGGACGAGUCCGGGAAUCCCGAGUGCCUGCGCAUCUGUGACUUUGGUUUUGCCAAACAGCUGCGGGCUGAGAAUGGGCUCCUCAUGACACCUUGCUACACAGCCAACUUUGUGGCGCCCGAGGUGCUGAAGCGCCAGGGCUACGAUGAAGGCUGCGACAUCUGGAGCCUGGGCAUUCUGCUCUACACCAUGCUGGCAGGAUACACUCCAUUUGCCAACGGUCCCAGUGACACACCAGAGGAAAUCCUAACCCGGAUCGGCAGUGGGAAGUUUACCCUCAGUGGGGGAAAUUGGAACACAGUUUCAGAGACAGCCAAGGACCUGGUGUCCAAGAUGCUACACGUGGAUCCCCACCAGCGCCUCACAGCUAAGCAGGUUCUGCAGCAUCCAUGGGUCACCCAGAAAGACAAGCUUCCCCAAAGCCAGCUGUCCCACCAGGACCUACAGCUUGUGAAGGGAGCCAUGGCUGCCACGUACUCUGCACUCAACAGCUCCAAGCCCACCCCCCAGCUGAAGCCCAUCGAGUCAUCCAUCCUGGCCCAGCGGCGAGUGAGGAAGUUGCCAUCCACCACCCUGUGAGGCACCAGGGCAUUCAGGCCACAGGGCGGUGCUAGCUUGACGGAGUCAGCAUGCUUCCCAGAGGGAGCAGGCCGGAACCACAGGGCCAGAGGGAGCUGGAACCCGAGGGGCUGGGGAAGCUGCCAGCCCAGAACACCCCUAAUGAGGGUGUGAGAAGUGCCUUCUCCUUCCCCAGGAUGGACUCUUCUCAGCUCAGGCUCUGCUGGUGGAAAGCGAUUCACUGUAUAAACUCUUUUUUUAUGGAAAAAAUGGCAUCAACCACCAUGGAUUUUUACAAGAUCCAUUUGCCUUUCUGGGAGCAGAAACAGCCAUUGCGGCCCCAGGAGGGGAACUGAGUCACGCUGGGGCUCUCUGAGACUCUUUAGAGCAGCUUUGGGAUCCCACCCUGGGGACCCCCACGAUUGGCCAUCUGUAGCCAUCUGCACACACCUCCGAGACAGUCCAGUGUCACCUCUCUCAGAGCAUCUGGCUGUUUAGCAGAACUCAUUCUAUCCCCAAUCAGCUCCUUUUCCGUUCUGUUCUGCUGGGAGUUCUAGAACCACUUCCUGCUACAGGAGGGGACUCAUGUCCUGCUGGCUUCCAGCUUCAGGCACCAGCAUCCACCUUGGCUCUGCCAGUGGAUCCCCUGCGGUCAGGCUGGGCAGCCCCAGAGAGAGGAUGUGGAAAGCACUUUUUGGCUGACUUCAUUUGGGGUUGGCAACAGGACAGAGUUCACAGGAGGCCAGUGGGCGGGCCAUGAGGGACAGGGUCUUUUUCAUUUCUUCCUCAGCUGGUUACUCAGGGUUCAUCUGUCCAUGGCCUUUCUAAUAAACUGUUGAGUUGAAGCA